AUGCUCUCUGGAGACAAGCAAAAGGAUGCCAUCAGGGUCAUUCGACAAAAGAUUGGACGUCGCACGAAAAUGAUAAAUUUGGCAAAGAAUGAGCAUGAGCAGGAGCAGGAGCAGGAGCAGGUGAAAGUUGCAGCUGCAGCAGCAGCUCAGCUCCAAAGAGAACUUGAUGCCAAUGCCGAAGCGUCAUGUCCCCCACCCAUAAUUUAA